ACUGAAAAUUUGCGAGCUUUAAACAAACUUACUCUUAUCUUGCUGUUAAGUUUUCCCUUGUCAGCCUCGAGUGUGUUAUAGUAGUGAUUUGUACACUUGUUUUUCACAGCGUUUCCCCUCGACGCUGAACCGGGCUUUGUUUUUACAGAGGAGAGCAGCAGGACGGGUCUUACCAUGUCGCCUACCUGUUGAUGUUGCCACUUCCUUUUUAGUGCCUUCAUUCAGGGAUGUGAAGAUGCCACAUCCCGUCUACUCCUUCCCGACGGAAGCGCUCAUCUCCCAAACCUUCCCGACGGAUGUGUUCUCCACCAGUGAAUGGCCAUACUCAGGGGGCGACUCACUCCCCAGCCUGAGCAACCUGAGCAGUGCCAGCAUCCCCGGCUGCACCUAUAAGGAGGACUUCAAACGCAUCCUACUCCCCACUGUGUACUCCUUAGUCUUCGUGCUGGGACUUCCUCUCAAUGCUGCUGUCAUACUGAAGAUAUGGAAGACGCGUUCCAAUCUGUCCAAAAACAACAUCUACAUGCUCAACUUGGCCUUAGCCGACUUCCUGUAUGUGAUGUCACUUCCCUUGCUCAUCUACAACUACGCCAGUGCUGACUACUGGCCCUUUGGGGAGUUUGCGUGUAAAAUGGUCAGGUUUCAGUUCUACAGUAAUUUGCAUGGCAGUAUCCUCUUCCUCACCUGCAUCAGUGUGCAGCGCUAUGUGGGCAUCUGCCAUCCAAUGGCGAUGUGGCAAAAGCAGGGCGGCCGCAGGCUGGCGUGGUGUAUCUGCGGAGGGGUGUGGCUGGUGAUUGCCUUCCUGUGCGCACCGACUUUUCACUUCGCCAAAACUGGGAUCCAGCGGAACCGCACAGUGUGUUAUGAUUUGAGUACGCCAACGUCCUCAGUGGCUUACUAUCCGUACGGCAUGGCUCUGACCUGCCUCGGCUUCGUGUUGCCUUUCAUGGGUGUGAUGGUGUGCUACUUUCGCAUGGCCCAGGUCCUCUGCCGCCCGGUGUCCUACCAAGGGGUCUCCAGGGCGACAGGGGAGAAACGGGACAAGGCGGUGAAGAUGAUCAUUGUAGUGGCGACAGUGUUCUGCAUCAGCUUCCUGCCGUUCCACCUCACGAAGACCAUGUACCUUGUGGUGCGUACUCUGCCCGCCGCGCCCUGCGAGACUAGAAACUUGUUCUCGAUCAUCUAUAAAAGCACCCGGCCAUUUGCUAGCAUGAACAGCUUUCUGGACCCUAUUCUGUUUUACUUCACUCAGCCUCGCUAUCGCCAGAGCACCAGAAGGUUUGUGCACAAAGUCACCACCCUCAGGGACAAGGGCACCAGCGUGUAAGACAGCGGUAAAGCCUUCCUGCUUUGCUCCAGUGGUGAAUCCUGUGAGGACGCUAAGUGGUACAUGUAUUGGUUGCUGAGUUUCCUUGUGCAUUUUCUGAAGCAAGACCUUAUGUGAUAUAAAUACUACUCACUGCAACAAAGAAACAUACCAUCCUUAGAGGGACAAAAAGAUUUUGAAGUACUGGUAUAUCUGACCUCUGAAGGCAGUAAUCUGGUUGAAUGAGUAAGAAACAAACUGAGAAAUUAACCAGUAACACCACAGUGUAUUUUUAGUGAGGACGAGCUUUGGCACUUAUUACUAAUAUCCCAAAUGAUGUCUUCAGUUAAUUCUGAUUGUGGCAGAGGAGUGCUGUCAGCUGAACACGGCACGCACAUUCUGCAUGAUCAUUAUCUGUGAAAUGUUUGCUUUCUUUCUUUAUGUUGUUUUGUAAUACUAUUUUUGUUACACACUGUGAACUGCAGUAUAAAAUAGAACAAUAUAGCUCUUACAUGAAGCGAUAACAAGAGGUGUCUUCCACUUAAGCAGGCCUCCGCAGUUUGAAAAGAACUAAAAGUGAAAGAUGAGUUCGAAAAAUGUCCGAUUGUUUUGGGAUAAAAUCCAUUAAGGGGCAAAGCCAUGUAACAUGCUCAAAGCAUAUGUUCAUAUAUGACUGCAUGGUAGGAUUGCAUGAAGCACUUGUGAGGAUUGGUGCCUUUUAGUGUGGCGAAUUACACUUCCUAAUGAAGGUUUCUCUGUGCUGGCCCUUAAAGUUGCAAGACUUCAUUUUUCAUGUUUUCACCACUGGAUGGUGUGUGUACCACAGCUGUAAUCACACUGCAGUUACCGUAAAGGCCGGCUCUGUUCCUUCUAAAAAUGGUAAGGUCCUUAACAUGUUUUCCAGUAAGGAUACAUUCCGAGCUAUUACAUCCAGAGAUAAACUGAUGCCAACAAAACUUUAAUAUCCAGCUCAUACCACAGACCAACAGGCCACAGUGUUCUCCAAAGGUGCUUAAAAUUCUCCAUCGUGUCAAUGUUAAAACAUUUAAGAGUCGUUAUCAGAUGCUUAGAGAGAAAGAAAAAAUCAGCUGUUAGACUUAAGGGCAGGGUCUAAACUAAGGCUCAACCCUGCAGAUUUCAUCUUCCUGUGGUUGUGUGAAACCUUCCCAUGAAAUUAAUAUUUCUGUUUCAAGAAAUCGCUUCUGCAGAUAGAAGUUUUGUGUUAUAAAAGGAAUAUAGAGAUUUAUCAAAAGGAACUGUGCUCUCAAAGAGGUAGAGCGCAUGUGAAUGGUUAGUGCCUGAUUUGACUUGGAUUGUACCAAGUUACUGAGAUAAGAGCGUUCAUGAAAUGAACAUGGAUGCAGAUUUUGUCUUUGGUUGUAACUGCAUUUUGUUGUAGCUUAAUGUUGAAUUAAUUGAAUUCAAAGUGUAUUGUUUUAUCUUGCACUUGUUUUUCUGAUUACUUUUGCAGGACUAUUUUAAUCCAAAACUUGCACCAAACUCUCUCAGGCUGAGGUCGGAAGCUCAUCUGGCCCUUUUUGAUUUGACAAUUUGAUUUUUAAGUUAAAUGAAAUUGCCUAAAAACUCCUGAAAGUGCCAACAACUUAUGAACUGUAAAAUACAUUAUUCUGGCAGCUUUACUUCUUAAACACUGCAGCAAUUGUUUAAGUUUUGCACCCAUAGGGGGAAGAAUUAUUGUGUAUAUUGUUUAUUGUGAACAUUUGUCGCAAAUAUGAGAUCUACCUAAAUAAGAACUUCCUAAUUAUGUGCGUAUGUGUGUAUAUUUUGGAUGUCUGAUGUUUUCAGCAUCAGUGUGUGUGUGUGUGUGUGUGUGUGUGUGUGUGUGUGUGUGUGUGUGUGUGUGUGUGUGUGUGUGUGUGUGUGUGUGUGUGUGUGUGUGUGUGUGUGUGUGUGUGUGUGUGUGUGUGUGUGUGUGUGUGUGUGUGUGUGUGUGUGUGUGUGUGUGUGUGUGUGUGUGUGUGUGUGUGUGUGUGUGUGUGUGUGUGUGUGUGUGUGUGUGGAGAAAAAAAAGAGGUCUUUGCACUGUGCCAAAAUAUUUGUGUCAGUCAGUAUUAUUUAGAAGAGAUUUUUUUCUUUUUUUAAUACUAUACCACAGUAUCAGAAAUAGAUUUUUAUUUUUGUUACAUUGAUGUAAAGAUGCUGAGGAACAAGUAACAAUUGUGUUGUUUAUGUCUAUUAGUAUCUUAAUACCAUGCAUCCCCAUUGAGUUGCUUGUGCAAAUGGAUGUUGUCAUAAUGGAAUAAAAAAAAGUCCCACAGCAUAACA